UCUAACAUGCAUUUUGCAGAGCCCAACUUCCCACCACUGCCAGGCUUUAUUCCGCUCAAGCCGUGCUUCUAUCAGGACUUUGAAGAGAUCCCUGAGCAGCACCGCAGUUUGUGCAAGAAAAUGUACCACCUGUGGAUGUUAAACGGUGCAACGCUCGCAGUCAAUCUGGUGGGCUGCUUCGCAUGGAUGUUCGGAGGAGGGGGCGUGACCAACUUUGGACUGUCAAUCAUAUGGCUGCUCAUGUUCACACCCUGUUCGUACGUGUGCUGGUUCCGGCCCAUUUACAAGGCUUUCCGGAGUGACAGCUCGUUCAACUUCAUGCUGUUCUUCUUUGUGUUCAUGGCUCAAGUGGGCAUCAGCAUCAUUCAAAGCAUUGGCAUCCCUGGAUGGGGAGUGUGCGGCUGGUUGGCCACUAUCUCCUUCUUCAGUUACAAUAUUUUGAUUGCUUUGAUUAUGUUGGUGCCUACUGUCAUGUUCACCGCCGUCGCCUCGCUGUCCUUCAUUGCCCUCACUAAGAUCCACAAUUUCUACCGCGGGAGUGGAGGCAGCAUGACCAAAGCUCAGGAGGAAUGGACAACGGGGGCCUGGAAGAACCCUCAUGUCCAGCAGGCCGCCCAGCAGGCAGCCAUCGGGGCAGCAAGCGGCGCCAUGCAGGAUCAGUACUCGGCGCCGCAGUACAACGACAACCAGAUGUAA